AGCGCGCGGCGGCGCUGGGCAUUGUGGCCGGCGGCAGGGAGGGCGAGGGCGCCGAGCCGCGGGGAGCGGCCGGGCGCGGAGAAGAGCGCGCACCCCACUCGGACAGACUUCGCGGCGCGGCCGCUGCGAGCGCCGCUGAGCGCACUCCGCUGGGAUCGCGCAACUUCGGAGCAGGGCGCGGACGGCGCUCGCAGCGGGGGGAUCGCGGAAAGGGCGCACUAGCGCCGGGAUCCUCAGAGGCGUCCGACUCCCGGAGCGCUCCGAGCAGCCGGGCGGUUUCCCGGCGCAGCGUGGCUGCCGCUGCGCCCACGGAGGGCACGGGCUGGCGCUGCCGGGCUCCUGCGAGGACGGCGAGGCGGCGAAGGCGAAGGCGAAGGCGGCGAGGCUGGGGCCCGGGAAAGAGCCCCGAGGGAGAGGCGCCCGGGCCGGGCGACAGGAGCAUGAGGGCCCGGAGCGGGACGCGGGGUGCGUUGCUGCUGGCGCUGCUGUUCUGCUGGGACCCGACACUGAGCCUAGCAGGCCUUCUUGACGUAGGUGGCCAGGUGCUCCCAGACUCCUUACCAUCAGCACCCGGGGAGCGGCUGCCUCACUUCCUGCAGGAGCCACAGGACGCCUACAUCGUAAAGAACAAGCCCGUGGAACUGCGCUGCCGAGCCUUCCCCGCCACACAGAUCUACUUCAAGUGCAAUGGCGAGUGGGUUAGCCAGAGCGAUCACGUCACACAGGAGAGCCUGGAUGAGGCCACAGGGUUGCGGGUGCGAGAGGUGCAGAUCGAGGUGUCCCGGCAGCAGGUGGAAGAACUCUUCGGCCUGGAGGACUACUGGUGCCAGUGCGUAGCCUGGAGCGCUUCGGGAACCACCAAGAGCCGCCGAGCCUACAUCCGCAUCGCCUACCUGCGUAAGAACUUUGACCAGGAGCCCCUGGCAAAGGAGGUGCCGUUGGAUCAUGAGGUCCUUCUGCAGUGCCGCCCACCGGAGGGAAUACCUGUGGCUGAGGUGGAGUGGCUUAAGAAUGAAGAUGUCAUUGACCCCACUCAGGACACCAACUUCCUGCUCACCAUUGACCACAACCUCAUCAUCCGCCAGGCUCGCCUGUCAGACACAGCCAACUACACCUGUGUGGCCAAGAAUAUUGUGGCCAAGCGCCGGAGUACCACUGCUACAGUCAUUGUCUACGUGAAUGGCGGCUGGUCCAGCUGGGCAGAGUGGUCACCCUGCUCUAAUCGAUGCGGCCGAGGCUGGCAGAAGCGUACACGGACCUGCACCAACCCUGCCCCACUCAAUGGAGGUGCCUUCUGUGAGGGACAGGCCUUCCAGAAGACAGCCUGCACCACCGUGUGCCCAGUGGAUGGAGCAUGGACGGAGUGGAGCAAGUGGUCGGCUUGCAGCACAGAGUGUGCGCACUGGCGCAGUCGUGAGUGCAUGGCGCCCCCACCCCAGAACGGAGGCCGGGACUGCAGCGGAACGCUGCUUGACUCCAAGAACUGCACCGAUGGGCUGUGUGUGCAGAAUAAGAGAACUCUAAACGACCCUAAAAGCCAACUCCUGGAACCCUCAGGAGACGUGGCGCUGUACGCAGGCCUCGUGGUAGCCAUCUUUGUGGUUGCGGCAAUUCUCAUGGCCGUGGGCGUGGUCGUGUACCGCAGAAACUGCCGGGACUUUGACACGGACAUCACUGACUCCUCAGCUGCCCUCACUGGCGGUUUCCACCCUGUUAACUUCAAGACUGCAAGGCCUAACAACCCGCAGCUCCUGCACCCGGCCGCCCCUCCAGACCUGACAGCUAGUGCUGGCAUCUACCGUGGGCCCGUGUAUGCCCUGCAGGACUCCGCCGACAAGAUCCCAAUGACUAAUUCGCCCCUGCUGGAUCCCCUGCCUAGCCUCAAGAUCAAGGUCUAUAACUCCAGCACCACCGGCUCUGGAUCUGGCCUGGCUGAUGGAGCCGACCUGCUGGGUGUCCUCCCGCCCGGCACAUACCCAGGCGAUUUCCCCCGGGACACCCACUUGCUGCACCUGCGCAGUGCCAGCCUUGGUUCCCAACAGCUCCUGGGCCUGCCUCGAGACCCCGGCAGCAGCCUGAGCGGCACCUUUGGUUGCCUGGGCGGGAGGCUGAGCAUUCCUGGCACAGGUGUCAGCCUGUUGGUACCAAAUGGAGCCAUCCCCCCGGGCAAGUUCUAUGAGAUGUAUCUACUUAUCAACAAAGCCGAAAGCACCCUCCCGCUUUCGGAAGGGACCCAGACAGUAUUGAGCCCCUCGGUGACUUGUGGUCCCACGGGCCUCCUCCUGUGCCGCCCUGUCAUCCUCACUGUGCCCCACUGUGCUGAAGUCAUCGCUGGAGACUGGAUCUUCCAGCUCAAGACCCAGACCCAUCAGGGCCACUGGGAGGAGGUGGUGACCUUGGAUGAGGAGACCCUGAACACCCCCUGCUACUGCCAGCUGGAGGCUAAGUCCUGCCACAUCCUGUUGGACCAGCUAGGCACCUACGUGUUCACGGGCGAGUCCUACUCACGCUCAGCAGUCAAGCGGCUCCAGCUGGCCAUCUUUGCCCCAGCCCUCUGCACCUCCCUGGAAUAUAGCCUCAGGGUCUACUGUCUGGAGGACAUGCCUGUGGCAUUGAAGGAAGUGCUGGAGCUGGAGCGGACUCUGGGCGGCUACUUGGUAGAAGAGCCCAAGCCUUUGCUCUUUAAGGACAGUUACCACAACCUGCGCCUCUCCCUCCACGACAUCCCCCAUGCCCACUGGAGAAGUAAGCUGCUGGCCAAGUACCAGGAGAUUCCCUUCUACCACAUCUGGAAUGGCAGCCAGAAAGCCCUGCACUGCACUUUCACCCUGGAGAGGCACAGCCUGGCCUCCACCGAGUUCACCUGUAAAGUCUGCGUGCGGCAGGUGGAAGGGGAAGGUCAGAUCUUCCAGCUGCACACCACGCUGGCCGAGACACCUGCUGGCUCCCUGGAUGCACUCUGCUCUGCCCCUGGCAAUGCUGUUACCACCCAGCUGGGACCCUAUGCCUUCAAGAUACCACUGUCCAUCCGCCAGAAGAUCUGCAACAGCCUGGACGCCCCCAGCUCACGGGGCAACGACUGGCGGCUAUUGGCACAGAAACUAUCCAUGGACCGGUACCUGAAUUACUUCGCCACCAAAACUAGUCCCACAGGCGUCAUCUUGGACCUCUGGGAGGCUCAGCAGCAAGAUGAUGGGGAUCUGAACAGCCUGGCGAGUGCCUUGGAGGAGAUGGGCAAGAGUGAGAUGCUAGUAGCCAUGGCCACUGAUGGGGACUGCUGAGCGCUUGUGACCGCAGGCCAGCUGGGACCAGUGUGGGACCAGUAUGAGACAGUGUAAGGAGACCUAGCAGCCUCUCCAUGGGGGUGUCCAGCCUCUGCCAUCCCUGGCUCACAGCUGGAAUGGUCCCUCACCCCCCUCCCUGCCACCACCUUCAGACCACCACAGCCUUAGAAAACCUCUGUGCUCUACUGCUGAGAGGCCAGGAUCCUCUGCCCCACCGUUUCCUGGCUCACACUGGGAUGGGCUGAGGCCUCUGGGGCAGCCUAAGGCCAGAGACUUUCCCCUCGACAACCCACCACCCCCAGGCCUGUGACGGUGGGGGCCCACAGGUUUCAAUUCUGUGUUCACGUCAUCUUUUGCUCGGGAUGCGUCUCCUAUCCCUGGUCCUCUUUGAAAGGUUGAGUUCAGUUCAGACCAACUGCUGUCUCCUGUCAACAAGCAAAAAAAAAAAAAGGAAGGAAGGAAGGAA